AUGACAGUCGAACCAGUGAGUAAAAAGUAUCAAGUGUAUUUGAGGAAGUAUGACAUAGCCCAUGCAAUGAGCAAGGAGAUGAUUUCAAACAUAGCUGGAUUCAAAGUGGAUGGAGUGUGGCAUACGUCUAUUGAGGUGCACGAUAAAGAGUACUUCAUGGGAGUUGGGAUUGAAUGUGUUGAACCAGGACAAUGCAAUCGAUACGGGGUGCUUGUAGAUCGAAUGCUACUGGGUGAGACUGAAUGUGAUCCAGAGACAUUGAAAGCAUUCAUUGAAGACCACAAAGACGACAUGUGGGCUCCACAGACGUAUCACAUGCUUGAUCACAACUGCAAUCAUUUCACUGAUUAUUUGGCCAAGUUUCUGACCAGUAAUGGAAUUCCAGUUGAAAUACUGGAGCUAUCAGAAAAGGCAAAAACCAACCCAAUGUUCGUCCAGUUCUACAAGCAGAAUCAGAAGCAGUUUCAUUCGUCCAUAAACAGCGCAAGAGGCGGACUGGAUAACUUAUCCAAAAAAUUCAAGUAG